ACAAUGAUCAAAAGGGAAAUUCCUCGUCAUUUAAUGAAUUUUAUCGUUUACGAACCGGAAAAGGUACAUCAUUUCACUGGUUACAACGAUAAUUUUCAAUACAAUUCAUUCGUCUUGGGAGAUGAAUCUCUAUAUACAUUUGACUGUCCGUUUGACUGUUCGUUUUAUAAACAGGAACGAUUCACACGUAAAUUGGAAAUACCAUCGAUCGAUCCAUGCGAAUCUGACGUAGACGUUUUACCUGGAUGCAGUAAGUUUUCAUCAAUACAAGAAACAACCGAAGUACAAUUAUCAAUGUUUCCAAACAUUCAAGGUUUUAAUGUUGUUAAUUAUUCAUUCGGAGUAUUCGAUAACAACAUAGAUAUAAAUAAUGUAUGCCACAAAAUGAAUAUUCCGGAAGAAGAAAGAAGAUGCGCCAUAAUCUAUAAAGAUUUUACUGUAUUGCCUCAUAAAAACUACUACUUUACUAUCGACUCAUGUCACACACUCGACCCAGGUAAAAACAGACUUACAAUAUUUUAUGGGGAAAGAAUAAAUUCUUUCAGUUUUUAUAUCGAAGUACAAAAAACUGAUUAUGAAACUAUGAAAGAAAAAUUGGAAAGCGUGAAGCGUUCCAAACCGCGAAUGGUACAGAAGAGAUGUUUCGUAUAUAUAUUUCAUGUUGCGUGUGCAAAGUGCAUGGAUCCGACAAUUCAAGCUUUUAGAAAAGUGUUUCCUCUAGUCAGUUAUUUUACUUAUAACUUUUUUCCCUGGUCUGUAACAAUGAAUCCACCACAAGACCCGUAUGUUUUUGUAAACAACUUUCAAAAUUUCGACAAAUUCGCAUUAAUGGUUUUCAUAUGGUGGGAAUAAUUAACAUUAAAAUAGUUUUGUUAGAAUUAGUCUUUUAACUAGUUUUUUGGCUCGCAGUUCUACACUA